CUAGAUUGCUCUAGAUUUAUAUAAUGUUUGUAGAUUACUUUGGUAUUUCACUGCUUAAUUUCCUUACGGGAUUAAUUGUCAUAGUCGCCAUUAUUGUUGUGCUGUAUUUAGUCCUGUGCUGCACUGGCGUGGUAUCCUCUAGUAGUAGCCAGUCUGAACACACUAAUAUUAUUACGAAUAACAACAACAAUAAUAAUAAUAACACUAGUAAUAAUACUAUGGCAACCAGUUCACAGCAACCCAGUGUAGUUGUGGUUAACUCAGCUGCUGAACACCACAGAAAGCACCGGCAUCAUAGGAGCCAUUCGUCAAAUAGUUCAAUAGACCAUUCUGGUUAGUUAUUAUAAAAAUAAAUUAGUAUGCUCA